AUGGCACCCACCCACGAUCCCCCACCACCCUACGUUCUGGAAGACAUCGACGAGGACGACCAGGCGAGACUGCUCUUGAGCGAAGAGCGAAGGGAUCUGGACGAUGCCUCGAGGGACUUGCCUCAUGGGUGGGCGAGGUGCUAUGAUGCGAGGCAAGCCGCCGACCCUUCUCGCCAGAAACACCACUACUAUGUGGACGAGAGCACUUUGCGUACUAUCUGGUACCACCCUCUCGACGAUGCCCAAUACCUCAGUACACUCCCCAUCACUCACCCCGCGCACCCAGAGUCGAAACAAGCACAGGGCAUCAAGAAGAAGAUUGAAGAUGCGAGACUGAGGAGGCAGAAGGGGCUGGAUGUCAAGGUUGCUCCGAAAGAUGAGACGAACAGCGGGGCGGCUUGGAGCACGGAUGAGAAGAAGCCUAUUGGGGAGGAACUCGCUGUCACCGCGAGUAAUGGCGAGUCGAGCAAAGGAGGCUGGUUUUCACGCACGAGAGACUCUUUUGCGAAAUCGAAACAAGACAAGCAGCGGGCCAAGGCAGAAAAGGAAGAGGGUUUCAGGAAACAAAGGCAGACGUUGCUCGACGAUUAUGCCAAGGAGAAGAUGGCAAAGACUUUGGCAGCGAGAUCUACUGAUAACCGAUACCCAGCCCCAGACUUUCCAAUCACCCGAACCGGAUCUUUCAGCAACACGCCAUACGCCUAUGGAAAGUCUUUCCACUCAAGCUGUAAUGGUAUUGCGGAGGCUACGGCGCACGCGGCUAUGGAGGACUUCGAGACCCAGCGAUGUUUGGAGGAGGCAUCGGUCGGAUCGGGGCUGGGUCUUCGGGGGCGUAUGGUGCAGGCGGUGGUGAGUAUCCUGAUGUACCGGUGUACCAUAAGGAGGAACGCUCAUCACUUGUCAAGCGUAGCUGGCUGUGGUGGUGCUGGUUGA